GAUCGGCCUCACUUGCUGUCUGUUCUUAGUGGGAGCAGGAGAAUAAUCUUUUGCAGCCCUGAAAACCACAUCCUGAACGGGAAAUAUCAGAAGAAGACGACGCUAACCAGCUGCACAAGAAAUUCAGAGGACCUCAAGACGUGAAGCAGACGAGCAGAUCAGUGAGAAGGACUUCAAGUUGCAGUCCCUCUUGUCAGAGAUGUGCUCCGAUUGGAAAGACAAUGAUAAAUUUAAGAAAGAGCAGACAGGACCAUCUGUGGAUCAUGGAAAAGAGAUAGAACAAGAAGAAACUGACAAGGAGGCGAGAAAGCAGAAAAAAAGGAAAAUUGACGCUGGAGAGGACACGAGGGAAGGCACUGCAGAACCUUCACAUCUGGAUCGGAAAGACGAUUCAAAAAAAGACACAGAACAAGAUGUUGCUGGGGAAGAGAAAAAGAGUGUGGGUAAUUCUCAUCAGCGAAGGAAAUGCGAAGCACCACAAGUCUCAGACUCUACAAUUAUAUGCCCAGUGUCCAAAAUACCUGAAAAAAGGUGCAACUGGGUCGGAACACAGGACAGUUUAGAGCGUCACGUCACCAGAGCCCACUUUGGUAUCCUGAGGAGAUGCCCUAUUUUCCGCUGUGGUUCUUUCCAGAACAACGUUCUGCUAAUUUUAUUUAAACAAGAAAUAUUUCUGUACUAUAAGCAUGUUUCAAUCACUGGCAGAGUGUACGCGGUCGUGCAGCAAGUCGGUGUUACUAACAAGGAAUUUAAGUACACAAUAGAACUCCGGGCAGAGUAUGAAACAGUGGUAAACAUUACUUUCAGCUUUAAAACAGAGAAGACAAGUGAGCCUCUUGAAACCAUUUUCGAUGCCCGCAGGUGCAUGGAUAUGAACAAGGAGACUUUGAUACCGUUCGUAGUAAAAGAUGAAUUAAACAUGACGGUGAAAAUAAGUGAAACUUAUACACAUGGCAAUAGGCCGACUGAAGUCACUGAGGGAGAUAACACGGGAAAAAAGAAGAAGAUGAGCGCUCAUCAUGAAGAUAAAGCUGAUUCAGAGAAAGUGUUGACACAUGCGCAGAUGGAAGGCACUGUUACGUGCCCCUUGGUUAACGUUUCUAACCAUUUUUGCACCUGGGUUGGUAAACUCGAUAAUUUAAAGGAACACGUUGAAGACGAGCAUGGAGACGUUCUGAGCAGAGGCUGUGUUUUCGAAUGUGUAUCUCUUACCAACAAUGCUUUGUUGGUGUUGGCUUAUACCGAAAUAUUCCUGUACUACAAACAUAUCUCAUCGUAUGGUGUUAUGUAUGUUAUUGUACAGCAAGUUUGUGUUACCAGAGAAAAAUAUAGGUAUAUAGUCAAUUUUUUGGGAGACGAUUACACAGACGAAAUAAUCCUUGACUUCGCUGUGCAAGAGAUUAGUAAACCUCUUGACAAAGUCUUAAAAUCUGGCGAGUGCCUAGCCAUAACGGAAGAACGUCUGCGGCCUUUCAUAAGAGGAGACAAAAUGGCAAUGGCAGUGAAAAUAGAGAAAGUGUUGACACAUGCGCAGAUGGAAGGCAUUGAUAUGAAUUCUGCUGUUACGUGCCCCUUGCUUAAAGUUUCUGACCAUUUCUGCUCCUGGCUUGGUAAACUCAGUAAUUUAGAGGAACACGUUGAAGGCGAGCAUGGAGACGUUCUGAGCAGAGGCUGUACUUUCGGAUGUCAGUCUCUAACCAACAAAGCUUUGUUGGUGUUGGCUUAUAACGAAAUGUUUCUGUACUAUAAACAACCUUCACAGAGUGGUGGCAUGUUCGUAAUAGUUCAGCAAGUUGGCCUUACGAAUCGGAAAUAUGGAUACGCGGUAAAACUCAGCACGAGGACUGAAGAAUUUGACAUAACAUGUGAAUUUAAUGCAUAUAAGAUUACCGAACCCUUUGGGCCCAUUUUCGAUAAUCGCAGAUGCAUGGUUCUUCAUGCAGAUUUGGGUCCUCAAAUAGAAAGUGGAAAUCUAGCAAUGUCUGUAGCAAUACGUGAACAUUCUUCUUCUGAGGAGGAAACAGAUGAGUGGGACUCAGAUGAGUCUGCGUCAGAUGAAGAAUAUUUUGACGAAGAGGAAGACAAACAUGUUAACACAACCUGCCCCUUAGAGAAGAUUCCAGAAAAAUCGUGCCCCUGGGUUGGACCCUUCCACUGUUUAUACAAGCACGUGGACAACAUCCAUGAGGAUGUUUUGAAGAAAUGCUUUUCUUUUCCUUGCAAUUCUCUUCAAGAUAAAGCUUUUUUAAUAUUAUUUCAGGGAGAAAUAUUUCUCUACUAUAAACAUUUUUCACAGGCAGGUAUUAUGUACGCAGUUGUACAGCAGGUUGGUCUUACAAAGAAGAAAUACAAGUACUCAAUAGAGAUUUCUUCAUUAGACAGAAAAGUUCGCUCCAUUACUUUUACGUCUGUUACGGACUGGAUUAGUGAGCCUUUUAAAGACGUUUUCAAUGCUCAAGGGUGCCUGGUUGUUAGUAGUGAAAGGUUGGUACCAUACGUAUUAUAUGAUAAAAUAAGCAUGUUCGUGUCAAUAUCAGGAUUAUCUCCAUAAUGGCUGAAAGAAUCGACUACAUCCUCCCGUCAGUGCUAAUAUCGAACGAGACAUGUCAACAGCAAACGUUAGAUGGAAGCACGGGGUGCCACAUUAACCUGCGUAGACAUGCAAGAGGGUACAGACGCGAAAUCUCUUUUUUCUUGGAUGAGUACAGAGUUAAGUUCUCACAUCUGGCCUGCCAGUGUUUCCAUCAUAUGAGCUCAUGUAUACCAGUUGGAUCGCAGUCAUUAAAUAAUUCAAAUAAUGAUCAUAUAUCGCGGUGAGCUCAGAUUGGUUAGAUGAAGUCGAUCCCCCACCUUCCAGACGCGCGCAUGUUCCAAAUUACUAAAAGCGCAUAGGAGUUAACCGUAUCCUAUUGACAGGAGUCUAACUUAGCUUUACAUUAUGUUGAUUUAUUUUGUGAACCGAUCUUCAGGGCUAGCCAGGUGUACCAAUAUUUCGACACAAUUCCUCAGAAUGUAGUCAACUAUUUAUAUAUUUAAAACACGUUUUAAUUUAAUAAAAAAACGUUAAUUUUAAUUAAAUUAAAAAUCAAGGUUUGAUAUUGCUUUCUAGUUUUUAAUUAAACAGACACAAAAAUCACAUUAUAUUAAAUCGCAUAUAAAACUGACAGGAGAAAUUUAAAAGUCAUAUUUUAACGAUAGUUUUAGGAUCCCUUGACUUGAUUCAUUUGCAUGUGAGAAGUUUAAACCUAUGUAGAAUAUCUAACUCUUUGGCAUUCCUUCUGCUCUGUACUGCAUGCAGUGUUUACAUUGAAUAAUGACAAAUAAAAGCAGUGCGAUCAGUUUCCGUAUCUGAGGUAUAUAUAUAGUUUAUAUUGAUGAGCUAGCUCCCUGGCUAUGGAUCAUGCAAGAGUAGAAUUGUCUAGUGAUUAUUUGCAGACGCACUGAAUAUGUUUUUAAUUGCUGUCAAUUAACUUUUCAUAGCAUAAAAUCAAUUAAAUUAAAGAAUAUGGUUUUACUGUGUCACGUUAUGUGUUUAGGGCAGCAGAAGUGAAGAUUACAUGGCCAUGUUUGUUGGUUUUCACAUUUUUUGAAAUGUACUAAAGUUGUGAGUAAUUUAUUCAUAUAACACACAAAUUCUGCAACCGUGUGUUCUUUUACUAUGUUCUGAUUCCGUUUUAAGAAUGUUAUAUGAGUACUAAUGACAAUAUGCUUUAAAUGAAAUAAACGUCAGAUUUUAAAUGUCUUACUUUAUGUAUAUGAAAACAUAGGCACCAAGUGGGCUCUUGUAUUACAUGAUGUAUUCCUUGACAUGCUGAAUAAAUCUGUUUAAUUUCAACUUUAA